AUGGUUAUCUUCGUACGUUCGAAAUAUGAAAGAAGGGUGCGAAGAGAUUUGGAGAAGAGCAAAGCUUGGGCUCAGUUAGGGCUAGAGGAUCGCGGUAAAGCAUCAAUUUCGAGACUCAUUUAUGCACUUUUUUUGAGAUCAUUGAUAGACAAUGUACGAAAUCCGUCACUGUUACGAGCAAAAUUUAUUCAAAAAGUUUUUAUGGGAUUUUUUCUUGGCACGCUGUAUUUGCGAACCAAUAUGGACCAGGAUGGUGUGAUCAAUAUCAAAGGAGCUUUGUUUUACUACAUUUCUGAAUUGACGUACUCAACAGUUUUCGGCAUCCAGACAUUCUUGCCGGCCGAUUUCCCGCUGUUGGUUCGAGAAUAUCACGAUGGAAUCUAUCCUGUUGCAUGCUAUUACAUCGCAAAAGUUAGUGAAGUAUGCAACAAUACCGUUUCUUUUUUUUUAUUUUCCCGUGAUUGCAUUUAG